AUGGCAGUAGCCGAGAAAGCCAACACGCACGACGUGGUCGACACGCCCAAAUUGGACGCGGGCGGCGUGGCGACUCACGACUCUGGCGAUGAACAUGAUGCAGACCCAGAGCCAUACACUCACGCCGAAACCCGCAAGAUUGUCCAUAAGAUCGAUCGACGCCUCCUUUCCAUCUGCGGCCUCAUGGUCGCGGUCAGCUUGUUGGACCGCGGGAAUCUUUCCAACGCUUACAUUGCUGGCAUGGCAAAGGACCUGGAGCUCACCGUAGGAACAAGAUACUCGAUUGUGGUUCUGAUCUUCUUUGCCCCCUAUAUCGCCUUUCAAGUUCCCGGCGCGAUCAUCGUCAAGAAAUUGGGACCGAGAUGGACUCUUCCGGCCAUGACCAUGCUCUGGGGCUUCCUCGUCAUUGGAUUCGGGUUCGCCAAACACUGGACCGUCCUCAUCGGCCUUCGCAUCAUCCUGGGUAUCCUCGAAGGUGGCCUCUUUCCCGGCGUCAUCUACCUGAUCUCGCUUUACUACACUCGCUAUGACAUGGCAAGGCGUUAUGCAUUCAACUACCUGAUCGGCCUCGUCGGGUCGUCAUUCUCCGGUAUAUUGGCUUACGCUUUCAUCCAAAUGCACGGCUUGGCGGGACUGCAAGCGUGGCAAUGGAUCUUCGUGAUGGAAGGCAUUUUGACCUGUGUCAUCGCCGGCGCCGCCUUUGUGUUUCUCGUCGGCUACCCGCAAGAUCCCAAAGCCUGGCGAUUCCUCAAGCCCGAAGAGAUGGCGCACAUGAUCCGUCUCAUCGACAAGGACCGUCAAGACACGGAAAGCGACCAAAAGUUCAACCUGCGAAAGUUCCUCCGCCCUGCGCUGGACUGGCGCAUUUGGGGGUACGGGUUACUUUACACAUGCUCGACCGCGCCGGCUUACGCCGUGGCCUACUUCCUUCCCAUGAUCCUGAACUCGCGGAUCGGCUUCAGCGCCGGCGUGUCGCAGAUCCUCACCACGCCGCCGUACAUCUUCGCCGCCGUGCAGAUGUACGGCCAGGCCUGGCUGAGCGACCGGUACCGCCUCCGGAGCCCCGUCAUCCUCGUCAACGUGCUCGAGUCCGUCACCGGCCUGUGUUUGCUGGCCUGGACCGAUGUCGCCGGCGUGCAGCUCUUCGCCGUCUUCCUCGUCACCGCCGGCUGCAACGCCACCAUCCCCUGCGUGCUGUCGUGGCAGGCCAACAACAUCCGCGGCCACUGGACCCGCACCUUUUGCAGCGCCACCCUGACCGGCAUGGGCGCCGUCGGAGGCAUCAUCGGCGCCUUGACCUUCCGCUCCCAGGAUUUUCCCACCUACCACCCCGGCAUCUACACCGCUCUGACUUGUAACGGAGUCAUCGUCCUGACCACGGUCUCCAUUGUCCUCUACUUUCGUCGGCACAACAGAUUGGCCGAGGAGGGUAAGGAGGUCAUCGCCGGUCUGCCCGGGUUCCGAUACACUCUCUAG